GACAAUCCCGGAGCAAGGUGUUGAAAGAAGGCUUUUCAGAUAGUGGUCGUCUCGCCAGCUCCUUUGUCACGCCGCUGACAGCCCGAGUCCAGAUGAAUGCCAAAGCUCCCAUCAGGAUCCGAUGAUUACAGGGCAGCUGAGCAAGCCGCUGCUCUCCCUGCGCAGCGACAUGAGCGCGGCAGAACUCCGGGCGGACGACAAAGCGGCCACCCCAGACAGCGAUCUGAACGACGAGCCCCUGCUCCUGCCCUCCGAGGCCACGGACAGAGAGGGCACUCCCAACAAGCUGUAUGGAGUUCGUGACGGAUCAGUUCAGUCUGACGCCAGCAGCAGUCCGUCUGAGCAGAGUCAGCUGGGACAGUCUCACCCUGGGUACCCGAUGGGCCCGCAGUCUCUCCUGGUGGCCCAGCAGCUGGCCAACGCAGUGGGCGGCGUGAUGUCCGGGGCGGCGCCAGGCAUGAACCAGCCCAUCCUCAUCCCAUUCAACACGGGCGGACACCUCGGCGGGCAGCAGGGCCUGGUGCUGUCCCUGCCCACGGCCAACAUCCAGAGCCUGGUGGCUGCUGCCGCUGCGGGGGGAAUCAUGACGCUCCCCCUCCAGAACCUGCAAGCUACCUCAACACUGAACUCCCAGCUCCAGCACCUGCAGCAGCUCCAGCAAAUGCAGCAGCACCACCAGCAGCAGCAGCAGCAGCAGCAGCAGCAGCACCACCAUCACCACCACCAACAACAGACCCACUCCCACGCCCAGAACCAGCUGCCACCCCAGCAUCACAUGACCCCACCCAGCCAGCAGCAGACCUCUGUACCAUCUCCAGGUUCCACCUGCUCCUCCACCUCUGGACACCCGCAGCAGUCCCCACCACAGCGGCCGAACCAUUCGCCGGCUCGCAGCCUCCCUUCCCCUGUCACUCCGCCCAUGCCUCUGCCGCUGAACCCACUGGCCAGCCAGGCAGCGGUGGCAGCAGCAGCCGCCAUGGGGUCCAUCGCCGGCUCUCAGGUGUUCAGCAACACCCUAUCAAACCUGCAAGGAGCCACCGGGCAGCUUGUCACAAAUGCACAAGGACAGAUAAUUGGAACAAUCCCACUGAUGCCCAACUCUGCAGGGCCCUCCAGCCAAUCAGGGGGUGGCAACCCAGCACUGCAGGUACAGCCAAUUACGCCUCAGCUUCUGACCAACGCUCAAGGCCAGAUCAUCGCCACAGUGAUCGGCAAUCAGAUCCUGCCUGUCAUCAACACCCAGGGAAUCACGCUGUCACCAAUCAAGCCCGGACAGCAGCUGCCUCAGGCUCAGCAGGGUCAGACAGGCCCUGCAUCGUCUCAAGCCAACCUGCUCCACAUGCCCCACCGACAGAGUCCUCUACACCAGGCCUCCUCCUCCUCCUCCACCUCCUCAUCUUCCUCAGCUCUCAGCGUGGGGCAGCUGGUCAGCAACCCGCAAACUGCCCCCAGCGAGGUGGACGGGGUCAACCUGGAGGAGAUCCGCGAGUUCGCCAAAGCAUUCAAGAUCCGCCGGCUGUCCCUGGGCCUGACGCAGACCCAGGUGGGCCAGGCGCUCAGCGCCGCCGAGGGGCCGGCGUACAGCCAGUCCGCCAUAUGCAGACACACCAUCCUGAGAAGCCACUUUUUCCUACCACAGGAAGCCCAAGAGAACACUAUAGGUAGCAGUCUGACAGGCAAACUGAACCCUGGCCUUUUAUAUCCUGCCAGGUUUGAGAAGUUGGACAUCACCCCUAAAAGCGCCCAGAAGAUUAAGCCUGUUCUGGAGCGCUGGAUGGCCGAGGCUGAAGCCCGCCACCGAUCCGGCAUGCAGAACCUGACUGAGUUUAUUGGGAGCGAGCCCUCAAAAAAACGCAAGCGGCGGACCUCUUUCACCCCGCAGGCGCUGGAGAUCCUCAACAGCCACUUUGAGAAGAACACGCACCCCUCUGGACAGGAAAUGACGGAGAUAGCGGAGAAACUGAACUAUGACAGGGAGGUGGUGCGCGUGUGGUUCUGCAACAAGAGGCAAGCCCUGAAAAACACGAUAAAGCGCUUGAAACAGCCCGACCUCGGCAUGGCCACGCCACUGGACCCUCUCACCGACUCUCUGGAGGAGCUGCCCAAGUGACCGGCCGCUUUCAGCGCGUAAAAAGCGGCAGCCGUUACAAAACGAAAGCAAAGGAAAAACGGAAGCGGAUGAGGACUGAAAAAAAAAAACCGUUGCCGAGUCACCGGGAAGGAGGAGAAACUUUGUGUUGUCAAUGUGAUCACCACAGUUCUGUAAAUGACCUCUGCGCAAACCAAAAACAUGAAAAAGAGAUUAAUAUGUGAGAAUUAUGUAUAAAAAAAAAAAGAAGAAGAAAAAAAAACAUUACGGUGUGCUGUUUUAAAGAGUUUUAGACCCAGAACUGUCUCCCUAAUUCUGGUUCCCCACGAGGAGGAAUUUAGUAAAGAGAAACCAAAUCCAAACACUAUCUACCAAAGUCUGUUGCAUCUAACUGCUAAGAAUAAUUUUGUAAUGUAAAUGUGCUCUAAAUUUUUACAUUUGUACUGGCAAAAUCUAAGCUAUAUGUGUGAGUGUGAGUACACAUUUUAUCUUUGUCUCUUACUUUUUUCUUCGUUGUUUGAAUGUAAAUAUUUAAAAAAAAAAAAAACGGGGUGAAAAAAAAGAAGCAAAACGUCUUCAGAUGGAAUCACUGAUACAUUUUCGGGGCAGAGAAACGAACCUUUGCUGUUGCAUUAUAAUGUUGUUUGCCUCCAGUUGUGUUUCAUCUAUAAAUAUUUUCAGUCACAGUGUAACUUUGUACAACUUUUACAGGUAUUUAUUGAUAACUGGGUGAGAUUGUUGCAGGAAACGGAGGACUUUUAACGUGACGGCGGUCAGAACAACGAGGGGGUUUCCGUGUCGAGUCGUACUGCAGCUUUGUUUCUGUUGCCAAAGCCUGAUAGCCAAAGAACACACAAACUUCAGCUCAAGGACUGGGGGGAGAUCGUUCCUUUUUAUUUCUUUAUAAUCACGUGGCUUUCUGCCUCCUUUUUCUAACGUGUUUUACUCUGUGUUGGAAAAAAAAAGAUUCAUGUCAAACAGCCUCAACUGUGUCUUCAGUAAUUUCUCACCACAGCCGCUUGUAAAAAAAAAAAACGUUUCUUUUAGGUAGAUUUGCCUCUGCAUGCUUUAAUCGGACCACAGAUAUCUCCUGGCAUCUUAAAAUGUACACAUUAAUCUGGAUUAUUUUUUUUUUUUCCUGAAAAUGAACACGCUGAGCCUUUUUUAAUACACUCUAACGCUGUCCGACUGUGCAAGACUGGAGCUUAACCAACCGAGCUCAUUCUUUUGCUGUAUUUGUUUUUCCUUUACUUGAAUAUCUCACAAAAAACUGUGCUUCUCUGCAAAGAAUGGCGUUUUGUUCCUUUCAUAUUCUGAAUUCCUUCAGCUGAGCGAAGGUCGCCUCUCGUUAAAUGAGGCUUUAUUUCUCUUUCUCUGAAUGUUUUUAUUUAAACUGUCCUCAUGGGGGUUGUAUUUCUACGGUGAUUUUUAUUUUAUUUUCCAAAUCAGAAUUAUGGUUUUUGGAGUUAUCUGAAUCCCUGAGUAUUUUUAAUUUUUUUUGAUUCAUCCAGGUUCUGCGCCUUACAAAGGUCCCACUAGCCCUAUGAACAUCUGCCACAUUUGGUCGUGUAACAGUCUCUGAAUUUAGCAUUUUUUAGUUUUAGCUUGUUUUGUAAUAAACCAACACAAAGCAAUGCAUAAUUCUGACGCAGCAGGAAAAUGAUGCAAAGGUUUGUUUUGUUUUUACAAAUAAAAAUCUGAAAAGUG